AUGGACGCUAUUGUAAUCUCCAAGUUUGGCGGACCCGAGGUCCUCGAGAUCCAGAAAGUGUCCAAACCAGAACCCGUGAACGGAGAGGUCCUGAUACAGGUCUUCGCCUUUGGUGUCAACCACGCGGAGAUGCACAUGCGCAAAGGUGAAUGGGAUGAAUGGAACCCAAUUACCGGUUUAGAGUGUGUUGGGGUUGUCGCAACGUGCCCGGGGGGCGAAGUCGAGGUCGGCACCAAGGUCGCUGGAGUCAUGGGAGGUAUGGGGAGAAGCCGUCCCGGGGGUUACGGUUCUUUUGUCAAUAUUCCAGUUGCGAACGUGGUCUCAGUCAAGACUGAACUUCCCUGGGAGUAUCUUGCAGCAAUCCCCGAGGUUUAUUCCACGGCAUACUCUUGCCUGUUCACCGUCCUGGACUUGCAGCCUGGCGAGUCGUUACUCAUCCGCGGAUCUACUUCUACCAUCGGCCAAGCAGCUCUUCAUUUAGCUGUUGAUGUUGGUGCUCGAGUCACGGCCACAACCAGACGCGAGGCGCGAUUCAGCUUUGUGAAGGAUAUGGGUGCCGCCGACGCCAAAUUGGAGCACAAAGAUCUUCGCUCAGAAUUACCCAGCGGCUUCAAGUUUGACAAGGUUUUGAACCUCAUCGGCAACAGCGUUCUCCUCGAAUCUAUUGGGUUGACGCGGGCUGGCGGACGCAUGCUACAGGCGGGAUGGUUGGGCGGA